GUGAAAUAAUCUGUCAUACUAAUUGAGGAAUUGAAGAAAAAGGUAUGACACAUGAUGUGUUGGUAAUCAUUAUAAAAUUGCAUAACGGGAUGAAAAAAAAAUCCUCCAUCCAGACCCAAGAUCCACCAUGCCUGUGCUGACGUUGACAUGAACAUUCACCAACACGAGGAAGCAAGCAGGGACAAACCCAGAGAGCCGCAGAUCCAAAUUUACACAGCUACCGAGCUUGAGCCUGAAGUGAGAGGGCCUCUGCACGAUCUGAUGCAGAAACAUACCUGAUGUGUUCGGGUCUGUGCAGAUGGUGAGCGGUCUCUUCAGCAUUGCAAUGGGAAUUCUUUUUGCUGUCAACCAGGAGAUGUCUGAUUCACUUUUCACUCUGUUCAGAGUUUCCCACCUAAGCGGCUCACUUUUCAUCAUUGCUGGACUUCUAUCCAACCUUUUGUUCAAAUACCCAAGACUGCUGCCAGUGUCACUGGUGGUUAACUGUGGCUGUAUUGUUGUCGCUAUAGCUGCAGUGUGUUUGAUCAACAUCGACUUGGCGUUCUGGCAUCAAGAAAAUGAGCAGUAUUUGAAGAUGGAGGUGAUGGAACUUAUUGUGUUGGGGAUAGAGAUUUCCCUUUCUUCAGUCCUCUGCUUCAUGUUCAUUAAAGAGAGACGUUCCAAAUCCCAUCAGUCUCUGUGAAAACAUCAUUUUAUUUCUACUUCCAUUUAAAUAUUUGAACU